AAGAAGCCGGAGUCUUCGCGAGUGGAUGCCGGGGGCUCUUCCCUGCAGUCUCUGCAGCCGCAAAUCUGUCUGCGAGGCUCGCUCACACUCCUAGACUUGAUUCCUCUUUCUCUCCCAGCUGCUCGCCGGAGGACCGGUUGCCAUGGUGAAGGAGAAAGUGGCGCACCCCCAGGACCCUCACCAUCCUUCUGAGAAGCCCGUCAUCCACUGCCACAAAUGUGGGGAGCCUUGCAAGGGCGAAGUGCUCCGGGUCCAGACCAAACAUUUCCACAUCAAAUGCUUCACCUGCAAAGUGUGCGGCUGCGACCUGGCCCAAGGAGGCUUCUUCAUCAAGAACGGGGAGUACCUGUGCACCCUGGACUACCAGCGGAUGUACGGGACACGCUGCCAUGGCUGCGGGGAGUUCGUGGAGGGAGAGGUGGUGACUGCCUUGGGCAAGACCUACCACCCCAACUGCUUUGCUUGUACCAUCUGCAAGCGCCCAUUUCCACCCGGAGACCGAGUCACGUUCAAUGGGAGAGACUGCCUGUGUCAGCUCUGUGCACAGCCGAUGGCCUCCAGCCCCCGAGAAGCCUCCUGCUCUGGCAACUGUGCUGGCUGCGGAAGGGACAUCAAGAACGGGCAGGCCCUGCUGGCGCUGGAGAAGCAGUGGCACUUGGGGUGCUUUAAAUGCAAGGCCUGCGGGAAGGUCCUCACCGGGGAGUACAUCAGCAAGGAUGGUGCUCCGUAUUGUGAAAAGGACUACCAGGGGCUCUUUGGCGUGAAGUGUGAAGCCUGUCACCAGUUUAUCACAGGGAAAGUCCUGGAGGCAGGUGACAAACAUUACCAUCCCAGCUGUGCACGAUGCAGCAGAUGCAACCAGAUGUUCACAGAAGGAGAGGAAAUGUAUCUUCAAGGCUCUACCGUUUGGCAUCCCGACUGUAAGCAAUCUACCAAGACUGAGGAAAAGCUCCGGCCACCAAACUUGCAUCAUUAUUCGUCUGAUUUCUUUUAUCCCAAAAGUCUGAUUCGACGCACAGGACGCUCUCCGUUUCUGCAGCCAACCAGGACAUCCUCCGAGAGCAUUUAUUCCAGACCAGGCUCCAGCAUCCCUGGCUCCCCUGGUCACACGAUCUAUGCAAGAGUGGACAAUGAAAUCCUGGAUUACAAGGAUUUAGCAGCCAUUCCUAAGGUCAAGGCAAUUUAUGACAUUGAACGUCCCGAUCUUAUUACCUAUGAACCUUUCUACUCUUCGGGCUACGAUGACAAACAGGAGAGGCAGAGCCUGGGAGAGUCCCCAAGGACUUUGUCUCCAACUCCAUCAGCAGAAGGCUACCAGGAUGUUCGGGACCGGAUGAUCCACCGGUCCACGAGCCAGGGCUCCAUCAACUCCCCCGUGUACAGUCGCCACAGCUACACUCCGACCACAUCUCGGUCGCCCCAGCAUUUUCACAGACCCGGCAAUGAGCCGUCCAGCGGCCGAAACUCCCCUCUCCCUUACCGGCCAGACAGCCGCCCUCUCACUCCAACUUACGCUCAGGCCCCUAAACAUUUCCAUGUUCCAGAUCAAGGGAUCAACAUUUACCGAAAACCACCCAUCUACAAACAGCAUGAUGCAGCUGCUUUGGCAGCCCAGAGCAAAUCUUCAGAAGACAUCAUCAAGUUUUCCAAGUUCCCAGCAGCCCAGGCUCCAGACCCCAGCGAGAUACCAAAGAUUGAGACGGACCACUGGCCUGGUCCCCCCUCAUUUGCCGCCGUAGGAGCUGACAUGAGGCGCAGAUCUAGUGGCAGAGAGGAAGAUGAUGAGGAACUUCUGAGACGCCGGCAGCUUCAAGAAGAGCAAUUAAUGAAGCUCAAUUCAGGCCUGGGGCAGUUGAUACUGAAAGAAGAAAUGGAGAAAGAGAAGGAGAGCCGGGAGAGGUCGUCCCUGUCCGCUGGUCGCUACGAUUCUCCCAUCAACUCGGCGUCACAUGUUCUAUCAUCUAAAACCGCAUCUCUCCCAGGCUAUGGAAGAAAUGGACUUCACCGGCCUGUUUCUACAGACUUUGCUCAGUACAACAGCUACGGGGACGUCAGCGGGGGCGUGCGAGACUACCAGACCCUCCCCGAUGGCCACCUGCCAGGAAUGAGAAUGGACAGGGGCGUGUCUAUGCCCAACAUGUUGGAACCAAAGGUAUUUCCAUAUGAAAUGCUCAUGGUGACCAACAGAGGGCGCAACAAGAUCCUAAGAGAUGUGGACAGAACCAGGCUGGAGCGCCACUUAGCCCCAGAAGUUUUUCGGGAAAUCUUUGGAAUGUCCAUACAGGAAUUUGACAAGUUACCUCUCUGGAGACGCAACGACAUGAAGAAAAGAGCGAAACUCUUCUAAAUCCCGCACAUAGUCAGCAAUUAGAAAAAGGACUGACAAUGGCAGUGACACAUAGGAUGUUGUAUUAAAUCCCAAAGUUGAUUGGAGAAUUUGCAGACUAUUGUCCUGCAGCAAUGAAAAAAAAGGGAAAAUCUCAUUAAAACACCCAUGAGCCAAAUAUCAGGCCAAGCAAUGGGCAACACCUGCCAAGAAGCAAUGGGGUAGAAAUUUCUAUGUUCCCACACUGGACAGUAGUGUUCACACGUGACCUUUUUACAUCACCUUAUGUCCACAGCAGGAGCUACUUCUUUGGUUUUCCUUUCACUGUUGUCCAAGCAUAGUGCUAACUGUAUGGAUCAGAGCCAGCAAGUGCCCUUAGGAUGCCGCAUGGAAAAACGCAGUUGUCACGAUUCCAAAGUCUGAGCACUUACCAUGUAGCACUGUGGCUGAGAAGCAAGAGCCUGAGGGCCGCGUCCAUGUGGCAGCAGUCUUGCGCACGCCUUUCUCUCCCGGCCUCACGCCGCUCGGCCCAAGCGCCCCCAGGAUGGAAACAAGUCGGGGACCCCAGCAGCUUUGCUCGAUUGGGCUGAAGAGCAGCCAGAGUAAUUUUUCACAAGCUCCUAGUUUCCAGUCAUUUGAUAGGACCUGGUUGGCAAAUUACUUAGCUAAUAUUAAAAAAAAUUUUUUUUGAAAGACAGAGAGAAGGGAAAUGAACAGAAACCACCCCCACCUCCUUAGCUCUUUCUCUGCUUCAGACAGUGUGCUUGGUUCUUUCUCCCCACCAAAGACAGGAGCCAUCUUGGGCUCCCUUUGUAAAAAAAGGAAAGUGGGGAGAUUGUCUUAGGCUGGCCCAGUCCGUGCUGUUCGAUGACCUUUGCCCAGGACCAGAGCACUCUGAGGGAGGAAAAAGUUCCAUAUCCUUCUAGUGCAAGUUCUUCCACUCGCAUCCUCCGCUCUGUCUGGCAGCCCCGAGCCCCACCAGGCUCGUGCCAACUUGGGUUUAUUUUCAAGGUCUUUUUGGUGAUAGGCUAAGGAAAGCAUGCUUUUCUCUUUAAAGUCUCUGCAUCUCCAAGGUGAAUUGCCUCAAAAUGAAUUUGGCCUUUUCAGCUUUCCUUCUUGCCUGGCACUGUGGUCUUCUUGACGUGCGUGCGUGCGUGCGUGCAUGCAUGUGUGUGUUUGUGUUUGUAUACAUUCUCACCCAGGGUAUUUUUCUAAGUCUGUUCUUUAAUUUCAAUUCUGUCCCCCUGUGCUGCAGCUUCCAAGGACAUUUCCAAAGGUGUGUGUCUCAGGUCAAGGGUGAAGCCAGACUGUACCCCCAAACCACGUGCUCAUUUGGAAGGGUGUUAGGAAGAAGCCAGCACCUUCGACAAUUCACCUACCCUAAAUCAGCAUCAAGCUGAAAACCCCAGACCUGGCAUCAGGCUGGGAGUGAAACACAACUCAUCUCACCAAGUUUACAAACUGAGCCCCACAAGAUUCACUCCAGAGCCCAAGGCUUCACACCACACACCCACACCCGCCUCCCCCCAUGAGGAUUUAAGACCACAUGGCAAUUCCUGCCAGCCUCUCAGACGAGAUGUGGUCCGCUGAGGGACCCCACCCAUGAGACUCCACUUAGGAAUAGAAACCUUCUUUGAAAGCCACAGGAGAAAGCAUCUGAACUGCCUAUGCUACUGAUAAUAAAAGCUCAGAAAUUCUUCCUGCUGGCACCAAGUAUUAAGAUUGUUGGUAUCUGACACCAAGGGAAAAGCAGGCGGAAUUGUUUCUGCAGACGUCUAACUCGAGACCCAUUUACUAACCAGUAAUGCCUGUGAUCGCCCCAUAGUCUUGCCCUGUGCUCUUCCCUGAGGAGUCUGAGUCCUCCUGUCCUUUCAGUGCUACCUACUGACUGAGGACUGUUCUCACUCUGUGUGUGUGUGUGUGUGUGUGUGUGUUGACCCGUGUCCAUCAGUUACAUCUUGCUUCACCUUGUUCCCGCCCUCCUGUCUUCCCCUGACCUCUCCUGCAUCCACAGCCCCAGCACGGCACCACUGUCCUUGCACUCUUGGUGAAGUGUGUGGGGUGGGACACAGUUUGAACCCGUGUCUCCUGCCACAGUCCAAAACCAGAAUGGCCCAAUUUGGGUUUUAGUGUUCAGCUGGCUGAGAUUUUGUUUUUUCCCUAUGGACACAACCAGUGGUUUUCCUUGAUUAAUGAAUGUUGACCCAAGCUCCUGUAGAUCAAUUGUCAGUGUAAGAAGAAUUGCAAUAAUUGCUAAAGAACUGAACCCGAAAUCUCCCACUAAUGAAACUCUAUUUUUUCUUGUAUCUUCUAAAUUCAGUUUAGCAUCCAACUUGGGGAGGGAGGUGGCUUCUUUGCAUAUCAAGUGUAUGUCAAGUGUAUGAACUAAUUUGAAUGACACUGUGUAAAAAUACAUUGUCAGAACUGUCAGUUGCCUUCUGUCUGCAAGCAGACAAUCCUGUGCUAGCUCUGGUGACGGGACUCGGAACCCAUCAUGCUGACUCGGUGCCCCAACUCCACGCCCCAGCAGAAGGAUGGGCCACAGACCACCUGACUCUCCUCACUGCCAGAUCCAGUGUUUGGGCUACAGCAUCCUGUCCAUUUGGUUAAUUGGGGCUCAGCACCCUCAUCCCCCAAAUUUACCAGGAGAUGAAUGUUCUCUGCAUGGGCCCCACCCAGCACUCCAUGUAACAAUCCUAGUUAUUCACGCAACCAAAUUAACAGCAAUAGUUCAUGCUAGGCAAGGAGGUGCAUCCCCGGCAAGCCUCCUGGUACACGUAUCCAGGGCUACACUCUGAUGUCGGGUUACUUGUGAGUCGAUGAUUGCAUUAAGUGAAAAGGCCCCUGCAACAGUAGGAAAGGCAGUGCUUCCUUCAAACACUUUUCUUCCAGAAAAACCAAGAUACCAUGUGGUAUUCCUGUGUGAUUUAGAAUGAGACCACGAGCAUUUAGACAGAUACACAACCAUGAGUGAGAUGUUCUCACGUGACCUGUUCACGCCCUAAAGGUAAACUGCUGGUCUUGACAACCUUGGACAGAAAAGCUAGUUUCAUGGGUGAUAAAGUACAAAAAGGUUGUUUUUAUCUGUCCUGCCCCCUGGUCUCCACGUUCUCCCUGUUCUCUUCAUUCUGUGGCCACCUCCUCUUCCCAGGGGAGACCAGAGCAACUCUUCUCACCAACUCUUGUCUUCUUCUUCUGUCUUGUUAAGCCACUUGGAGAAGUCUCGCUGGAAAAUGUUUAUAACACUUUCUCCUAAUUUCUUUUUUUUUUUUUUUUUUUUUUAUAGAGGCAUGCUUUAUUUAUUUGUUUGCUGGUUUGUUUGUUUGUUUUGUUUAUACAUGCACUGGGUACAGUCAGAAGCGCGGGAGGG